AUGUCGCGUCUCCCGUGGCUCCGCAAGCUUUCACGAGCAGGUUCAAGUACACGACAGCUUCGGAGGCCCGACUCCAGGUGUUUCUCCACAACCACAGAGCUGCCUGUGCUGGAGCAUGGACAACUUUACGGCGACCUCCCGGGCUUUGCAAGAAGCCUUGGCACCGCCUGCCGGGUGGGCGAAGGAGGUGCCGGCUGCUUCCUGAUUUCCCAGUUGCCGCCCCACAUCAACAUGCUGCAUCAGGAGCUGCUUCAGAGCGCCCGGGACUUCUUUGCAUUGCCGUUGGCCAAGAAGGAGCGGGUGGAUUACCAUCUGUCCCCAGAGUUUCGUGGCUUCAUGCGCCAGGGUGCAGAGAACACGGCCGGGCACGUGGACGAGCGGGAGCAGAUUGAGUUUGGACGCGAGGAGGCUCGCCCAACAGCUGGACGAGAGGAUCCCAGCAGCCUGUACAAUCGCCUCAGAG